GUCUUGUCAAAAUAUUUUGCAAAUGAACUCGAUAUCGUAUCUUUAUGUGAGUGAAAACACAAAAUGAAUAGCUUUAUAAGUUGAUGUCAGUGUUUUAGAGAUACAUAUGAUAAAAAUAAAUAAGAAUGAAUUACAAAACUAUUUUUCUGUGUUCGUUAAUGGGAGUCCUUUUGAUAAAGGAAGCGAAUUGUUGUACUCAUCCUAAGAAAUAAUAUCACCGAAUUUUCUUUUAUAGAAAGUAUGGAAGACAUAAAAAUAUUAGAGAAAUUGGCUAUUACUGUAAUAUAUUACUCAUUCAAGUUAGUGUCAACUGAUACAAAAUAACUAGUUUACUUUCUAUUGCAAUCACAUGUACAAACAUGGAAAACCUUUUUACUACUUUGUGAUAUGGCAUGUAUUAGUUGAGUAGGUUCUAAAGUAAUUUGUUAUUUAGUUUUGAUAUUUAUAUGUAGAAACCUAAAGAACCAUCACUUAUGUAUUCAGAAGCUGGUUGUUUUUGUUGUUUUUGUAUUUUCUUUAUAAAUUAUUAAGUGUCAUUGGCAACUUCUUCUUUUAAAUUAUGGCUAAAUUAUGAGAAGUAAAUAAUUAUUAUAUUAAGAGUUCUCAAUUUUAUGAUUAGAUUCACAAUCUACAACAGAAUAUGUCAAUUAGCAACUUUAAUCUUGAAUUGUUAUAACUUAUUAAAUUACAAUAAAUUAAUAAAACUUAAUUAGAAGGAAGCCCUCUGUAGGUGAAAGAGAAAGAAACCCAUUUUUAGAAAUAAUGACAGGCACAAAUUUUAUUAUCAUACCACCCCACAUGCCUUGGUCCGCUUAGUACUUAUAAUAAGGUUUUUUCUGAUCCAUAAGUACAUACUUUAAUUAGAAAGCACCAGCAUGGUGACAAGUUCUUCAGACACCGAUAUUGCCAUCCUUUAGGAUGUAUCUCCACAUACAAAACCCUUAAUUUUCCUGAAAAGUUUGAUGACACAUAGCCAGUGAAAAAAGUGACCAUUAAGCUUCUAGUUUAGUGCCAAGUCCUGCUAUUGCCUGCUGAUUUAGAGGUGUAAGCCCUUUAUAACAUGAAAUGACGUCUUUGUGCUAUAUCCAAUCUAGACAGGGAUUAAUUAGGUAGGCUGUAAAGUUUGCAAUCCAGCAUGCAGCUGCACUUGAAUAGCCACACCCACCAUGACUGCAUGUGCAGCCUCACUACUGUCAAUUUUGGUGGAUGCAUGGAUGGCUUUUUUUUGCACCAGUGCAUUUAAUUUGAUUUUGUCUACUUGUGUCUUGCGUAUGCCAAAGAUAUACAUGAGGACAGGCAUGACCUAACCGUUAUUAGCGCGUGGCUUACUUAUGACCUAACGAAAGGCUGUAAGUAUUUCUGUGUAUAUGUGCCUUACAUGUGACAUGCCCAGGUCUAUGCCCUCAGAGUUUGUGUCCUUAAAUCUUUAAUCACCUUGCCUAUUACCUCGUCCAUGAGGAGCGAUUGCUUGGUUUUUUUUUAUAGGAGAGGGGGCAAAUGAGCAUGCGGCUCACCUGAUGGUAAGUGACUACCGCCGCCCAUGAACAACCGCAACACCAGGGGUGCAGAUGCCUUGCCGGCCUUUUAAAAAGGAGUAGGCUCUUUACUUGAAGGUCCCUAAGUCGUAUUGGUCCGGAAAAAUCGCUGAUGGUAAUCGAUUCCACAAGGAAGUUGUGCGAGGAAGAAAACAUCUUCUAAAUCGCACAAUGGAGGACCGCCAAUCAUCCAGAUGGUGUGGAUGGUAUCGGGAGUUCUGCCGCGAUGUGCGUUCGUGAAAUUUGGAAGCUGGGAUUAAUCCGAACAAUUCCUCAGAGCACUCCCCAUGGUAGAUGCGAAAGAAAAUGCAAAGGGAUGCAACAUCUCUUCGCAGUGGCAAUGAAUAAAGCCGAUCGAAAAGGACUGGGUCGUUGACGAUUUGAGCCGCUGUGCGCUGGAUACGGUCAAGUGGAAGGAGCUGGCACUGGGGAGUGCUUGCCCAGAGAUGGGAACAGUAUUCCAUGUGAGGCCGAACCUGCGCCUUGUAAAGUUGACGGUGUGCCGGCAUGAAAUACUGUCCCGCUCUGCUGGGCACGCCAAGCUUUUUAGAGGCCAAUUUGGCCUUCUCUUCCAAGUGACCACGAAACUGCACGUCACUCGAUAUGUCGACUCCGACUUCCGAUACUGGCUGAGGCAAGAAGGGGAGUGCCUUGAAACUGAGGAGAUACGACAAAGGGGUUCUUUUUAGCGGUAAACGCGCAAACUUGUGUCUUCUGAGGAUUAAACUGGACUAGAUUUAGUCGCCACCAAUCCGAGACUUUGUUCAGCAAAGACUCGACUCAAACACAAGUUUGUUCCGGUACUCUGCGACGUUUUCCCGAGAAAUAUUAGCACGGCCGGUGUAUAGAGCAUCACCAGUGCUGUCAUCCACAUAGCAAUGAAUGUUACCAGUUAGCAACAUAUCAUUGAUAUGCAGAAGAAACAGCGUUGGUGAUAGCACACAGCCUUGUGGAACACCAGCGUUAGUAGAACAUGUACAGAACAUGCAUAGUCUACUACGACCUUGAUGUUCCGAUCAGUAAGGAAACUGGUGAUCCAUUUGCACAAUUUCUCUGGAAGCCCAUAGGAAAGGAGCUUCGAAAGAAGCGCUUUGUGUCAGGCCCGAUCUAAGGCCUUCGCUAUGUCCAAACUAACGGCCAACGCCUCCCCCUUGGACUCUACUGCCUCUGCCAAUCUAUGAGUCGGGUAGACCAGAAGAUCACAAGCUGAUCGACACCGACAAAAACGGUGUUGGCGGUCACUAAUCACCUGGUGAUCCUCAAGGUAUCUUAUGACCUGGCAGUUUAUAAUGGACUCCAUUAUUUUGGAGAACAAGGAGGUGAUGGCGAUAGGCCUGUAGUUGGACGGGUCUGAGUGGUCGCCUUCUUUAGGGAUCGGGUGGACGAAAGCUGCCUUCCAUAAUUCGCGUCUACGCGUUGGGAGUAGGAGUACCGGAAAAGACGCGUUAAAACCGGUGCCAACUCCGGAGCACACGUCUUCAGCACAAUGGGAGGGACUCCAUCAUACCUACUCGACUUGCUGCCGUCCAGUGAGCCUGAAAAUCCGGCAUGGAGCAUUCACACCGCUAGAUGAUCGGCUGUGUUCCCGCCGUCAUCGAGAUUCAAGUUGGAUGCAAAUAGAGACCUAACAGAUCGGUUUUCUCCUUUACGGCAUGGGCCAGUGAGUCGUCCUCUCUGUGCAGAGUUGGAAGAGAUGACUGAGAAAAGUUCCCUUGGAUAGCCUUGGCGAGAGACCAGAAUGCACGGGUUCCCGAAGGAAGGUGAACUAGCUUAUCGUAAAUUCUGCCGAUGUGUUCAGAUCUUGCCUUGGCAAUUACUCUUUUAAAGGACCUGGAGACGAAAUUAUACUUAUUUUUAAGAGCGCUGGUGUUUAUAUCCCGAGACGUUGAUGCGUCAGCCCAGGCCCGGUAGCACUCCUGCUUGUAGCGUGAUGCUAUUUUACAGGUGCGAACAAACCAUGGCUGGGAUUUGCCUCCGAUAGGCACCACAGAGGUUGAGAAAUUUAGAAAUAAUUUUGUUAAGGAAAACAUGCGUAAAGUACAGUUUGUAAAUUAGAGUAGGAGUACCGGAAAAGACGCGUUAGGACCGGUGCCGACUCAGGAGCACACGUCGUCAGCACAAUUGGGGGGAUUCCGUCAGGCCCACUCGACUUCUGGAUGUCCAGGGAGAGGAGUACUUUGCGAACCGAGCGCUGUGAGAAUAGCACAUCCGGCAUGGAGCACUCACACCGCGGGAUGGUCGGCGGUGUUUCCCCCCCGUCAUCAAGAGUCGAGUUGGACGCAAUAAGGGAGCCUAAAAGUACGGCUUUGUCUUUUGCGGCAUGGGCCAGUGAGUCGUCCUCCCUGUACAGAGAUGGUAGUGAUGGCUUACAGAAAUUCCCUUGGACAGCCUUGGCGAGAGACCAGAAUGCACGGGUUCCCGAACGAAGGCGAACAAGUUUCUCGCCAAUUCUGCCCAUGUGCUCUGACUUUGCCUUAGCAAUAACUCUUUUGAAGAACCUGGAUGCGAAGUUAUACUUCUUUUUAAGUGUGCUGGUAUUUACAUCCCGAGUCGCUGAAGCUGCAGUCCAGGCUUGAUAACACUCUUGCUUACUGCGUAAUGCAGUCUUACAGGAGCGACCAAACCAAGUGGUUUCACGAACAUCAAAUCUUAAGUCUUCUGUAAGUGUGAAAAGUACGUAAGACUAGUUUCACAUUAUUCUACAGUCUAUACUCUCUGUCAAGACAUAUUUCAUUAAAGACAACUACAAUAAUAGAGAAAAUUCUACCGACUUGAUAUAUGAAUAUUUAUGGAGAAGAGAAAUUAUAAGGAAUAAAAGAGAUCCUUAUGAGGAAUU